UGCCCCUGUCUGUUACGUGGUAGUUUUAUUAGUAUAUAUAGAUGGUCGGUAAGCUGAGAAGCUGUAUUACACAGCGGUAGCCGGUGGAAUCCAAAACCAAUCAGAAAUGCUGAGCCUUCUAGCCCUCGUUUGCUUCAUUGCCUGCGCUGUUGCGUAUCCUGGCUAUUCAGACCAUUAUCCAGACACUUAUGACGGAUACAGCAAAGACCAUUAUUCAGACACUUACAGCAAAUACGACGAAGGCUAUGGUGCAGGCUACAGCGACUACUACCCAAAGCAUUAUGGGAUAAUCCACAGAGGAAGAAGUAGUGGUGGUUUCGGUGGUGGAUCUGCCUCUGCCGCUGCUGCUGCAUCUGGUCUUCGUGGUUUUGGUGGAAUUGGUGGAGGAUCAGCCGCUGCCGCUGCUGCCGCCGCUGCCUCUCGCUUUGGUGGUCUUGGAGGAGGAUCAGCAGCUGCCGCUGCUGCCGCCGCUGCCUCUCGGUUUGGUGGUCUUGGAGGAGGAUCAGCCGCUGCCGCUGCUGCCGCCGCUGCCUCUCGCUUUGGUGGUCUUGGAGGAGGAUCAGCAGCUGCCGCUGCUGCCGCCGCUGCCUCUCGCUUUGGUGGUCUUGGAGGAGGAUCAGCAGCUGCUGCUUCUGCCGCUGCUGCUGGAAAUGCCGCGGCCGCUGCCGCCGCCGCCGCUGCUGCUAACAAUGUAGCAGUAGGACCAAUCAUACAGCCCACUUAUGGCUUCCCAAGCUUUGGAUUAUUUGGACUAGGAGGAGGUGCUGCAGCCGCCGCUGCUGCCGCUGCUGCUGGACAGGGUGCUGCCGCUGCUGCCGCUGCAGCUGCUGGACAGGGUGCCGCUGCUGCAGCCGCUGCCGCAGCUGGACAGGGUGCCGCUUCCGCUGCAGCUGCUGCCGCUGCUUCUAGAUUCUAUACUAUAUAUGGUGGAAUGGGUGGAAUGGGUAGUGGAAUGGGUGGAAUGGGUGGAAUUGGAUUGGGACCAUUUUCCAGUGGGUUCAACUUUGGAGGUGGAUCUGCUGCUGCUGCUGCUGCCGCAGCUGCCGGGCAAAAUGCUGCCGCUGCUGCAGCUGCAGCUGCUGCUAAUGGAGGUGCUGCCGCUUCUGCUGCAGCCGCUGCUUCUGGUGGAUUUGGUGGUAUGAGAGGAAGUUUUGGCGGUCUUAUCGGUGGUAGUUCUGGCGGUAGUAUGAUGGGUGGUAUUGGCGGUAGACGUGGCGGUCACAAAAAAACAAAGGUAUUUCUAUGAACGAUUAGAAAAUUUGAAUAAAAUCAUUUAUCAUGAGUAGAAGUAAUGUAAAUGAUGUUUUUUCUUUUCUUUUUUAGGUGUAUUAAAUUGAAGAGAAUACCGAAAGUUUGAUCAGUUGUAUCAUUUGUAUAAUGAAUGAAAAACUCUU